AUGCCGUUCUCGAUCAAGUUCAGAGAUAGUUCGAUGCCCUCCAAGUUUGGAUCGCGAAAGAAGACGGCUCGUGUUGGUCAGGAUGUCCAUCCAGUCGACAUGGCCUACAACACUGCGCAGAAGAAGACACCUUUCGUGAUGAGGGCUCUUCAACCAUUCAAGAAUCUUGGCUCCAAGUGUCGUGGCAAGCAACUCGUCCAGCAAUCGGCGUCAACCGUCAAUCGCAACGCGACUGUUGAAGACAGCGAAGACGAGGAAGAGUGCAACGCAUUUGCAGACUCGUCAUUCGACAACGUCACCGCCAUUGCCCCUAUUCAUUUCGAGAACAUCACAAUCAUCGACAACAUCGAUACAGACACCCACAUCAAGCCAUGCACAGCCCUCAUCAUCGCUCCGCGAAGUGAGAUGAAACUGGUCACGGCCCUCCUGGGCAAGAUUCUUCUCGUCAACCACAGUCUCGCGACCGAGCAAGACUCAAUCGGCUUGAAGUAUAUGCUGCUCAAAGAAGAGUACAAGGUGCAGCAAAAGUUCACAGAGUCCCUUGAACGCGAGCUACUCAAGUUGCAGUCUCAGCAACAGUACACUCCGAAGCAGAUCAACUUCGUCAAGAAUAAGCUGCACACCCUCCAACAAGCCCUGGCUGACGAAAAGCGUAAGCACAAGGCUACAUCGUCCAAGCUUGCCAAAUGGCAGGCUAGCCACGCUAUCAUCGAUAACCUCUUCGAGGAGGAGAAGAGAUCCAACCUCGGUGUCUACGAAUCAAUGUCAAAUGCACUGAACACUGUCCACAACAACCUCGAAAAGACAGUCGGGGAGAAGGACAAGUUAGCUGACUCACUCGCGUUCCUAUGGAACAAGUUCAACGCCGAACAGCAUGAUUGUGCGCAGUGGAAGCAUGCGGCCGAACUAGAAGCGGAGCAGAAUGAGCAGAAAGAUGCUCUCAUCCACUCUCUACGCCUCACCACCAACGACCUACGUAACGAGCGCGACGAGGCGAAGACUGAGGUGAAGUACGCUCUCCAGUAUGCUCAGUACUGGCGGGAGAAGUACGAGGCUGAGAUCGGAAAGGAGGCGAUCGCUGAGGAUUCUCCAUCACCCGAUACUGAGACUAAUGAUGUCUCCACUCGGCUAUCCGAAGUCGCUCUUGAUGAGGAGGGCGCUGAGUAUGAUGAUAGCGACGCUAUUGACGACAACGCUUCCGAUGAAGACAACGUCGGUUCUGGCGAACUUGCUGUCGUACCUGUGGGAGGACAGACUCUCGAAGAAUGGAGAGCCGCCUUCCACAUGCUUACCACUCCUGGUUCCCCUAGACUCAAGCGAGAUGAUGAUGAGUCUAGCGAUAUGUACGGUGACUGGCCGCCUACUGAGACCAACGAAGUGCUUGAUGAGGAAGCCUCUCAAGUGUCAUUGCCUGCAACUCCCAUCCUUGGUCCGAUUGGUGCGUCUGCUAGCGUCGAUGAGGACCUGUCACCACUCGAAGACGAGGUCGAAGACGUCACUGCCACACAUGUGCUCUCUGAUGUCGGUCCAGAGAGUUCCGACGAUGACUUCGCUCCCCCGGGAAUCGACGAUGUCACCAUCGCCAUCGAUGCUGCUACCACAACAGAUAUUGUGUCCUCACAAGCCAGCACUUCUCGCAAGAAGAGAAAGGCUGAUGAGACCGAAGAAGAGCUCAUCGACCUCGAAACCACUGGGGAGUCAGAUGGUAAUGAUGGCGACGAGGUCGAGACCAUCAUCAUCAACACCGAGGCCGAAGUCGAUGAGAUUGAGCUCCCGCCAAGUGCUGGGCUUGAGGAUGUCUGUGAUACGACUGAGCCAGCUCUGAGUACUGACAGCGAAGGCUAUGCUGCAACUCUGAGCGCCCCGCUAGCUUCGGCUGAUGCCCUUGAAGAGGUACAAGAUGGCAAUGCCACACCUCUCUUCGGCACAUCGGACUUCAACUUUUUAUUCGACAGCGGUGACAAUAACCCGUUCGUUCCAUUUGCCACGAAGGAGCGAGCCUCUACGAAUGCAUCCGCCCACGAAGCUUCGAAUACGUUCUCUUUCAGCCAGCAGGGCACCCGCGCGUUCUCCUUCGGUGACAUGGCGCUAGCUGACGCGUCAUUCACCUUCACCGCACCCUCCACCGUCGGCACAACUGGCUUCAGCAUGCUCCCAGAGAGUGAGACUGAGGAAGAAAUUGAGAUGGCAGGCUCUCCAGACACACCUGAAGAGGUCAAGGGGCAGAUUAUGACUGCUACUGGCGACGUAGCCGAGGCAAAUUCCAGCGAUGGAAGCACAGAAGACUCAAAGCUCACUGAGAGCACAGAGAACCAGUCCGAAAAUGGAGAUGAGCCUGAGCCCGAGCCUGAGCCAAAGGCCAAGGUUGUCAAGCGCGUCGCCGUGAUUUGCAUGAAGGCUGGCGGCAUGCGUAUCAAGAAGGGUCGGAAGCCGAAGAACUAG